AUGGAGCACGCCUUGAUGUCUCGAUGGACUAGCGAUGUGACGCUAGACAUUGACCCUUUGCCUCUGACACAACGGAGGGGCCUCAUCGCCGUUUCUGUUAUGGCCUUCCUCUCAUUUCUUGCCACGGCAUCUCUCCUGAGUUUCAUCACGUUCCGCCUCGUUUUCUGGAAAUCAUACUUCCGGAGUUAUAUCGGUUACAACCAAUACAUCAUUUUGAUCUAUAACCUAGUUCUCGCCGAUUGUAUACAAUCAGUGGGAUUCCUGCUCUGUCUGCAAUGGAUCUUUACCGACAAGAUUGAGUCAGGUACAUCGGGUUGCUUUUUCCAGGGCCUGUUUCUCCAAAUUGCAAACCCCGGAAGCGGUCUUUUUGUUCUCGCUAUCGCCUUCCAUACGUUUCUUCUCGUCGUCUGGGGAAUCAAAAUGCCUUACAAAGUCUUUGUCGCCUUCGUUUGUGGGAUCUGGGCUUUUGUCAUUACAAUUAUAAUGACAAUUCCUCUGGCAACUCACGGCGCUGAUAUUUUUGUUCCCUCUGGUGCCUGGUGUUGGAUUAACGAAGACUACGAAAGUUUACGUCUCUGGACUCAUUAUUUUUGGAUUUUCUUGGCUGAAUUUGGCACUGUCUGUCUCUACGCGGUGAUGUACUUUCAACUUCGCCGACAGAUUACUGCGUCCUCAAUUCUUGGCAAUAGCCAAAUAGAGAGCCUGAAGCGCCUGCGUCGUGUGGUUGGAUAUAUGACUAUCUAUCCUACUGUCUAUCUGAUCCUUUCUCUGCCGUUGGCUGCUGGACGCAUGGCAAACGCGAACGGCGAUCUACCAUCUGUCGCCUUUUUCUGCUGUGCUGGUGCCCUUAUUACAAGCUCCGGUCUCGUUGACGUUACCCUAUAUACGCUUACCCGCCGUAAUCUGAUCAUCGAUUCCGAACCCAGCCAUGGUCGCUCCUAUGACAGAUUCGCCAGCGACCGUGGACGCAAUGGUGAUACACACUUAACCACCAUCACGGCCGCUCCAAAGUCCCGAAAGCUGGGUGGCAAGGACAGCAGGAUGGUGGCUGAGAAGGACGGGUCGACAGAUAACAUCGUCCAGUCGGGCGUGGAGAUGGCGCCAAUUGGAAAGGUCUACCAGGAGACCACCAUAGAAGUCACCAGCGAGCCCGCAUAUCCCUCUGAUGGAGAAAGCGAGCGUUUCAGCAAAGACGGUUACAAUGAGACUCCCACGCGAAAGGUUUGGAGACAAUAA